GGAUCACGUGAUUGUCUGUGGCGCAUAUGCCGAGUGACGGAGCGAGCGUAGGGGAAGGGUUAUCAAGGAUUAACUUGUUUCUUUGCUACCACUGUUUGUAAUUACAUAAAUUAGCGCCAAGAUGCUUAUCACAUUCAAAACAUUGCAAAAGAAAACAUUCGUCAUAGAUUUUGACAUAAAUCUUACAGUGAAGGAGCUGAAAGAAAAGAUACGAGCCGAGAAGGGGGCAGAUUAUCCAGUUGAAAACCAGAAGCUUAUCUAUGCUGGGAAACUACUAAAUGACGAGGAUCCUGUGUCCAAAUACAAUAUAGAUGAGAAAAAAUUCAUUGUUGUUAUGGUAAGCAAACCAAAGCUGGCGGUUGUCGAAAAUGGUGAAAAAAGUACCGUGGCAACAGGUACACCGUCUACAGAAAACUCCACAGCCACUUCUAGUUCUCAGACUGCUACAUCACUGCCUUCAACCACGACUACCACAGCUGGCACAAGCACACCAGCUACUACUACAUCAGCAUCUGCAACUCCCACAAGUGCUGCAACUACCACUGCUAUGAGAUCUCCCGCUGUCUCAACUGUACCUGCAACUAAUAAGUCGUCAGCUUCAUCGAGUCAGCCUCUGUCCAGUACUGCUCAGAGUGAAUCGUCAACGUUACCAGCUACAGCUGCCUCAAGAACCAGUGCUGGAGAAACUCCUCGUGUGCCAGUGACGAUUGCAGGAAGCGGUGACUCUCAUCCUGGAGGAGGUGAUGGCCCCCACGUACUUCCCAAUCCAAACCAGACCGGACGUGAGGAGAGGGAACAGACUUCCGGUGGUGGAAAUGAAGCUUCUGCUCAAAGUGCCCCUGCUGAUACAGAAUGUGAAAGGAGUGCAUCCACAGAAGAGCACAGUGGGAGUGGUUCCUCUUCAAAUUCUCCAAUCAACAUACCGCCUGAGUUUUUACACGAGGAAAUGGGUGACUUAGAAGCAACAUUGGUGUCUGAAGAUGAAUUCAGGGACUAUGUCCGUAAUAUAAUGGAUCUUGGGUAUAGUCGUGAACAGGUAGAAACUGCAUUAAGAGCUAGUUAUAACAACCCGGACAGGGCAGUGGAAUACUUGUUGAGUGGUAUUCCAGACCAGCUAGCCGAUAGAGUACAAAUAGGUACUAUAGCUCCCAGAUCUGACCGACAACGGAGAGCGCCUGAUGAUCCUCUAGCUUUUCUGAGAAAUCAGCCUCAGUUUCAACAAAUGAGACAGGUUAUUCAACAAAAUCCUCAGCUAUUAAACGCUGUCUUUCAGCAGAUUGGGCAGACAAAUCCAGCACUUUUACAGCUUAUUUCUCAGAAUCAAGAGGCAUUUGUACGUAUGUUGAAUGAGCCUCCAGGACCAGUAUCAACUCCUGGAACUGAAAGUACUCGUGAAUCUUCUGCUCGUGCUGCUUCCGAUGAGGGAGGCUUGUUUUCACCUGGCCCAAUACAAAUCACCCAGCAGGAUCGUGAGGCAAUUGAUAGGUUGAAAGCCCUGGGAUUUCCUGAGCAUCUUGUUAUACAGGCAUAUUUUGCCUGUGAGAAGAAUGAAAAUUUGGCAGCAAAUUUCUUGCUUUCGCAGAAUUUAGAUGACUGAAUUUUCAGUGUCAGGCCUUGUUCAAAAGAGAAUAUUUAUUCUAUUAUACAAUAAUACAUGCUCCAAACAAGUUAAUUAAAUUAUUUAAUGUAAGUUUUUCACUUUGCUGAUGGAAAGUUGUUAGUCAUGUUUAAUGUUAAAAAAAAAUGUUUUCAGUUUGUGUUAGUUAAACUCCAUUCCAGUAUUUGCAAUGUCAGAUGGAAUGAGAUGUUCUUUUGUGGAGACUGAUUGAUUAAAGCAUUUUGCAGUUCA